ACUGCUGUGUGAUAAUGAUGAACAUGAUGUUUGUGUGAGCCAAAGCUGUUGCGGUGACAAAGGAGUUAGCUGUGCCGCACCAUUACCUUUUUCGCCUUUCGCUACCGAACCACGUCUAUCAAAUUGAGCGUGGCCUGAAACUUCCGGCAAUAAUAUAAGAAAUAAAACAUACAUUUAUGCUGCUUCCUUAGAGAGAAAAACAUAUAUAAAUAUUCCUGAUGGAGAAAUGUGUGGAAGCAUAUAGCCUGAAUACACAGGCCUACCCUUUUGUUCUUUUUAAACGUAGGGCAACUUAUAGUCUACUUUUAUUUUGAAGGUAAAAUCACAUUUUCGCUGUGUUGUCAAGUAUUCAGAUCUUUCAGUGAUAUAUUACUGUACAGGAAAUUGAGAGAUUAUUAAUACUGAUGCAUUGUUGUAUCUGUUGUAUGGUUCUAAGUGUUUUUACUGCCUACAGUUGGGCAGUUUCACCAUGUCAGAGGUUUAGAGGGGAAAAUCACUUUGUAAUGGAGCUGCUGACGAGGCACAGACAUCUGAGACAGUCAAAAAGGAACCCAAAAAGUUGUAAACCAUUACUUUAGUCUUUAAUAAUGUGUUGUAUUUUAAAAGUUGAUCAUUUAUUUUUAAUGUAAAACAGUAAAACAGAAGUUCAUCCAAACUCUGCUUAAGCACAGUUCUUCGUCACUGUCUAACUUUGUGAAUAAGUAGUUAAAAUCCACUGGCCCGUCUCCAUUCAUCCUUGACUUGCACAACGUAAUCUGUUUACACAGUGCAUGGGAGGUGCAUAUUUUGAUGAUUUUAUCAUUAUUUAUUCCCCAAAAUCAGACGAAAAUGCAGCACUCUCUCUUUUGUGUCAGUGGGAGGAUAGAGGAGACCUGUUGUUUACUUUGGAGAUGGUCCAGGGGGCAGUGAACAGGGCCGUUCUCUGCCUGUCCUGCUCCCUCCUGCUGGGGGUUUGCUUCCCAGCAGAUGGUGCAAGGGCAGCGGGGCCUCUUCCUUCUUUUCCCCCUGAACAAGAGCCUGGGGAACCAGACUUUGAGGAUUUGGAGUGGGGCUCUGGAUCAUCUCUUCUGCACCUGCUCCACGGCUUCCCUGCUGACAGCCCUUUCAUAACGGAGACCCCAGGACAACCAGUUAACUGCACCCAACGCUUCUGGUUACCGCCAUCCUCUGACAUCUGCUGGGAAGACAUCGCCGGACCCGAGGAGUUUGCCAAGUCCCGUCUGCUUGUUCUCCAAAACAGGGCUGCUCUGCAGGCUGUGUCCACCUCCAGUGGGGUGGAGGAAGGAGGGAUCUCCUACGAACAUCAAGCCCGAGAGGAAGUCCAGGGGAUCCACUCAGACCACCAGGGUGUGGUGGAAACAAUACAGACUAUGGAGAAGGUGUUUGUCUCUCUGGAAGAGAAGAGGAAAGAGGGGAAGGAGCAGGGGGUCCUCACAAGCAUGAAGGAGCAUCUAGCCAACACACGGGACGCCAUAGAAGGAAGAGAGCACAUGGCAAACAUCCUGGAAAAUCAUUUUUCUAAUUUAGAGGAGACUCUGCUUAACAUACAGCUUCGACUCUCCAAACUCAUCCGGCAGUGACAAGGACAAAGGACCUGCCACCUCCUUUACUUCUCUUAUUUCAACUGUAUUUAUACACUAAUGGAUUGUAAAACAAUAUAGCAAAUGCAUGCACAUUACUGUUAGUCUGUAUUAUGAGGACAAAAUGUUGAUAUGCACCUUAUGUCAUCUAAACACCUACAAGGGUAACACACUAUCAGGGACGUGAUGAACGUGUUGCUGUUGUUUUAUGUUUCCCUUUUUUGGCACACACACCACAUUGUUUCAUGGUCACGCUAACAGCCUCUAGUAAAAACACAAGGUAUUUACGAAACCUGGGACAGAAUGUGUUACAUGUCAUUCAACAUAAAUAAACUGCAAUUUCAUACAUCA